AUGUGUAAAGAUAUGAAUACCAUAUCAAGGAAUUUAGGCGAUGAUGAUGAUCCAGAAAAUAUUUCCAUUGGUACGAUUGGGCGUAAAAUUGUUGAGCGUAUACUAAUGGAAUUGUAUUGUAACAUCGACGGAAGUGAUUUUUUCAGAGAACGUCAUAAUAAAAAUGUUUUUCCUAGGUAUUAUAAGAACAUUGUUCAUGCUGUAGCAUUAAAUGAUGUUAGAGAUUUUCUGAUAAACAAAAUAAAGUAUAAGCUCAGUGAGGUUGUGGAAGACUUAAAACUAGUGCUUGUUAAUGCUAUGUCAUACUUUGAAGUGAGUAUUAAAUAUUAA